GAUGGCCAUUGGCCAAUGACUAUCCCUAACUCGAACGGCUACCUCCCGGCCCACUCUCCCGGCUCGCACGGCAGCAGCUCGCACGGCUCCCACAAGGACGUCAAAGACGCCGAGCUGAGCAAGACCAACCUCUACAUCCGCGGCCUGGGCCCCAACACCACAGAUGAGGACCUGAGGAACAUGUGCCACGGACUCGGACAGAUCAACUCCACAAAGGCCAUCAUCGAUAAGUCAACGGGACACUGCAAAGGCUACGGGUUCGUUGACUUCGAUACUGCCGAGGCGGCGCAGAAGGCGGUCAAACAGCUGGUCGGCAAGAACAUCCAGGCGCAGAUGGCGCGUCAGCAGGAGCAGGACCCGACCAACCUCUACAUCACGAACCUGCCGGCCUCCUUCACGGAGCGGGAGCUGGAGGCGCUGCUACAGCGGCACGGCACCGUCAUCUCGACCCGGAUCCUGAGGGACGACCGCGGCACCAGUCGCGGGGUCGGCUUCGCCAGGAUGGAGUCUCCGGAGACGUGUGAGAACAUCAUCAAGACGCUCAGCGGCCACAUCAUCGACAACCACAGCCAGAAGCUGGUCAUCAAGUUCGCCGACGGCAACAAGAAGCGCCAGCAGCAGAAGGGCUACGACCAGCGGUGGCGGGAGAGCGUCGACGCCAGCCGCGUCAACCCGUACGACGCGUCUCCGCUGCCGGCGGCGGCUCUGGGCGGCGGCGCUGGCGGCGUGCCGGCCGGCCUGGCGCAGCACUACUCGGCCAUGCCAGUACCGUACCUGCCCGGCCCCGGCUGGCCGCCCCAGUCGGUAGUUAUCGGCGGCCCGAUGCCCUCCAUGGAUAUGGACGUGUACGCGCUGCUGCAGGGCAUGCAGCAGAUGCACGUCAGCGGCGGCCCGGCGGCCGGCUACGGCGCGCCGGCGCCCCAGUACGGGGGCUACCCGCAGCCGGCGCCGGCCUACCACCACCCGGCCGCCCCCGGCAUGCCGCACAUGUACCACCACCCGCACAUGAUGCCCAUGCCCGUGGUGGAGCCCGAUGGUGUGACCAACGGCGCCGAAGACUAGGACAACAGGCAUGAUAGAUAAUGUUUGUGUACAUAUGGAAUGGCGGCCGCGGGCCUGGGCCAGAUACCCCGCAAGAGCGAGCUUACGAAGGGUCCGACCGACGCGACACGGUGCGGCGUCGCUCAGAGGCUGUAGUUCGCCAGCCGGCCGUGCGUGGCGCUACCAGUAGUGGGCUAGCUGGACUGCUGCUCAGGAACGGAUGCCAAACCGAGAGACACUAAGGCAGAGCGUCCAGCCGGCUGCGGGCCUGCUGUUAAGUUUUAGUCGUGAGAGCCGACGGGCGCAGACUGCUGGAUCGGUCUCGUCUGAUGAUUGGUGCGUUUUGAAUCGUGACGGGCGCGCUGCCGACUCCCGACCAGUAACGUGCCCUUUUCGGCGGUCUGUUGCGACGACCGCGUUUUGGGCGACACUGGAGGAGGGUGCCGCGGCGGAGCGCCCCGUGCGCGUCUCGUCUCGCCUUCUAUGUGCGCCUCCCAGGGACAGGAGCUCAUGUUCAGGCGUUUGUGUGCCUCCGAACCAGGCAACUGCGACGCAGGGAUAUCCGUGUGACGUCAUCAACGAUCCGACAUUCCACCAGAGGCGACCGUCUUGGUUUGCUAUUUUGUACAGGUUUUGCAUGUCUGCGCCGUUGUGCGCGCCCGGCCGAUGUGUCAGAGAAUGUGCCGCGGACCGGCCCCCGCCGCCGGGCUGGCCGCUGGUAUGUGACGUUCCGUGCUCAGUGCCGGCGCCUCCCCAGUUAGCUAGAGCCUCCUUUCCCCGAGCGUUUUGUUCUCACACGGUGCCUUGUUUCAUCGUACCUCCAGCCGAAAACCGGGCUCUAUUUUACUACCAGACUCGUGAGCCGAGACCGCGGCGCGUAGGCCAGUGAGCGGCUUCUGAAGCCGAGCGGUAGUGUGGUGGUCGGCCGUUGCGUGGCGGCGUAGCGCUCGGACGGUGUAUAUAGAGGUGCUGCUGCGGCAGCGCUGCGCGGCACUGUGUCUCGUCCUGUGGUGUCUGCCUCCGCUGCGCCGGCCGCCGUGAAUUUUUGUGGUGAUUUUGUUGAUUUCCGGUGGAUUCGGGCCACCUCCGGUGGCUGUAGCGCCCCAGUGCUGGGUUCCUGGUGCUGCAGGUGUAUUCGCCACCAGAAAACCACGACACAUCGAUUUAUGAACGUUGGCUGAACCGAUCAAAUGUCAUUCCAACUCUACACCGGACGACGCGGCGAACAGUAGCCGCGACGUCACCGCGACUUUUUCGUGACGUCAUGUGUGUUUGAUGGAGGGCGGGCGUCCGCCCCGCCCGGCUGGCUCGGAUGGCGCGGCGGCGUUAUUUUUGUACAGAUUUUUGUGCUCGGGUGUCCCGUGGUGCCGCGUGGCUUCAAGCGGAAUGUGCCGUGGUCGUGUUGAAGGAACUGUGUGUGUAAAUAGGUGCCGAUAGCGGCAGGUGCUGCAGGGGCGACAUCUAGCGGCGCGACUGGGGCGCCGCCAGGCGGCCGCUCUGUGAAGCGGCGCGAUGUGGGCUGCCGGCCGCGGCCUCGGUGGGUUGUUGAUGGUUGAAGAGUUUAUGUGCGGCCGAUAAGGGCUGACGGGGCUGCGGCGCACUCAGCUUUAACAACAAUCGGCUGCGCCCGACGAGGCAGGGCGGGAGGGUCUGGUCAGAGGAAAUACAGACCGAACUGUGAGUGGAAA